AUGACCAACACCACAUCGAAGAGCGGUGGCGGACAGCGAAGAGCGCAUGGCAUGAUGAGGUCCAUGCCUCUGGAUGACGAAAUGAUUCGUCUGAAGCGUAAAGCGCAAGAGCGCGAAGAGAAACUACGAAAUCAGGCGAGUGGAAGGCUCGCCGAUCCCCCGAACGGCGACGAGGAGGACGCCGGCGCCUCAGUCAACGAACAUGCCGACACGUGGGGAUUCUCCUGGAUGCCCGCGAUCGAAGACUUCGUGGAGCAAGCGGCCGAGGCGCAGCAGCAAAACGAGGACGACAGCGAGGAAAGCAGCCCCUUGGGGGCGAAUUAUCGCUCAGAUACCGACGACGAAGAAUCAAGCCUACGGGGACCGCCUACAAACACCAGCCGCAGCAGCUUCUGCGAUCCAACAAGUCCUAGCAGUGGAGCGGCUCGAAGCAGCGGUGAGUUGCCGCCAAGCGGGAGCUCCCUGCGGAGGGGCGGACGCAAGCGCAGGCGGCCACAAGCAGGCGGAGCGGCGACUUUGUCCUCGUGGUCGUCGUCAUCUCCCCGUAGAAGAGCACCGCGACCGCCUUCUUACAACGAAACUCUGUUGGCCGAUAAGUCUUUCCACAACCCACACGCCUCGGAAACCAUGGCCGAUGCCUUCGGCAUACUACGACCGGCUUCGUUUGUGCUGGAUGUUGGGGAGGACGAUCGCCCGUGGGGAGGCGCGGCGGGGGUUGCUGCAGCAGGAGCGAAAGGUGCGACCGCGGAGGGCGGGGAAGCCGAUGUUACUACUGGCCAUGGCGGCAGUGAGGAUCAGAACUGGUUUUAUGACACAGUUCGAGAUCGACAAAACCGGCUAUGGGCUGACACAAGAGUUCGGAAGGGGGUGGAGCUGGCGAGAAAAGGUCAGCAUCAGGCGGCUAUCGACACAUACACGCAAGCGUUGGGUAUGUGUCCGGAUCACGAUGACGGACUAGUUGCCCGUGGGGCCGCGUUCGCCACCACUGGCCGGCUGCGGCAAGCGGUGCAGGACCUGUCGCGAGCGCUGAGCGUUAACCCCCAAAAUGGGAACGCCUCCAGCUACCUGAAAGAGACGAGAAGACGCAUGGAGCGGCAGGAAGCAAGAGAGACGCCGGGAGCGUCCGCGACUACAGGCAACACAACCACGUUCGAAAGCCGAACAGAUUCCAUCGUCAACGGCAGGAUGGGUCUCAAUUGCGUAUCUGCCGCGGGCGGUGCGGUGAUGCCCGCGUCGGUGAUGCCAUCCGCUGGCAGCACCGAGCGCGAUGAAGCGUCGGAAGCCGCGCUGGGUGCCCUCCUUCACGACGGCGCGGAAGGAGACGCGCUCCGCAAGAUGCGCGCGUUGCUCGAGGAGGACGAGAAGAAGCGCAAGCGCCGUGGUGCGCGGGGAGAAAGCCGCGGAGGUGGCGACGGCGACGGCGAGGAGGGCAGUCGAAAGAAAAAGUCUCGCAAGAAGGACAAGAAGUCGUCGUCCAAGAGCAAGCGGAGCAGUUCCGGUCGCCACAGGAAGCGCGACAGACGAGACAGCGGCGGCGGUGGCGGCAGCCGUCGCGAUAGCAGCAGCAGCAGCAGCAGCAGUGGAAACAGCAGUGCCGAAGACGCCGAUACGCGGAGCAGCAGCAGCAAGAAGAAGAAGAAGAAGCGGCACCCCAAGCGCAAGAAGCGCUCCUCGACGAAAGUGAUCACCACUGCCGCAGUAGGGUUCCGAAAUGGAGGGAGUCGGGGCUUGGGGACUGGGGUCUCCAUGAGCCUAUGCGCAGAGGGCGGAGAGGAUUCGGAGGGAGACGAAGCCCAUCCCAUCCUCCAACGGAAGAAGCACAGCCUCUGGGGUUGAGUUUGCUGCCUCGCCGCAGUUUAGUCGCUGUUUGUUACAUCGGCACCCACUCAUAGCUUGUAGGCGAUGUAGUGCUCACGGUACAUGCAGGACGAGAAGGCGUUGUUCUUUGUCCUUCGGUGCGGUGCCGUACACGCGAGCGUGCCCAACAUGGUCUGGCUGUGCCUUGGCGAGUGAUGGACUCUUAGACGGUGACAGUCGUGCCGGCGUUUGUCUAUGUUGGGGCUGACGUACGGUGAAAGUCGUGUAUGAAGCGGGGUUUGGAAGAGUACCGAAGAAUGUCUCGUGCAAGGGCGCCGUACAUCUGAGUGUGCCUAUGUAACUUGUCUCAUACCGACACCAGGCUCGCCCCCCUAGAGGUUCUCUGAAUGUUCCGUGUGGUGAAAUCAGCUGGACGUAGAUGGUGGGGGAGUGC